AUGUCAGAAAGGCGGAAUACUGGUAAAAGUUUCAUAACACUUCUCACACGGAAGAAUGAAACUAAGAUGAAGGCUCUUAUUGAUGAGGGUUUAACCUGGAUGGUUAUACAGUCUGAUACUCAUGUUUAUGAAGUGGAGGGAGGGGAGAGUUCUCAUAGUUUUAACCUUGAGGCAAGGACAUGUACCUGUCUUAGGUGGCGCGUCUAUGGGUUUCCGUGUGCGUAUGCUUUCGCAUCGAUAACAAUGUCUGGUUCUAAUCCAAAUGAUUUUAUUGAACCUUAUUUCACUACUGAAUACUUCAAAAUGCCUACAACCAUGCAAUUCAUCCUAUUCUGA